AUGGAUACUUCCGAGCCCAUCCCCUUCUACGAUAUUGCCUCCGGUCACCCGGCCACUUGCUUUGCGCUCAAUCCCUGGAAGACUCGGCGUCCGCAAAAGACUAGGCGCACCCCCGAACCGCACCCACAGAUAGGGCAGUUGUUCUAUCCUCUACCCGUAAUCCACAACCUCUCCACCGGUGAUAUUGUUGGAGACUCGCUCGAAAUCGCGCAGUAUCUCGACAAAACAUAUCCCGAUGGCCCUUCAUUGUUCCCUCACGGCUCGAUGGUGAGCUAUAACGCGAAAGGGCUCAAUGCCCUAGUAGAUACCCUUUUGACCCAGCACGUUGUCCUUUUUAUUCACGGGAUGCCUUCAAAUCCGGCCACUGCAAAGGCUUCCAAGGCUACCUUUUGCGAAAGGGCGGGGGUUGACGAUUGGGAGAAACUUACGGUUCGCGGUGAAGAAAGGGUGAAGGUGCUCAAUAGCUUCAAGCAGGCGCUUGGGAGCUUGGCAGGUCUUUAUAAAAAGAAUAUGGAAGGGCCGUUCCUGGAGGGGGCCACACCAUGGUACGCAGACUUGAUUGUUGGUGCCUGGCUGGCAUUUGCCAAGGCAACGUCGAAGGAAUGGGAAGAUAUACAGACGUGGCACGAUGGUAUAUUCGGAAAGCUUCAUCAAGCGCUGGAGAAUCACGCGGAGGUUAAUUGA